AUGUUUGAAGAGUACCCAGUUUUGGUAGAGUGACUUCUAUUCACUAAAACCAUGUGUCUGAACUGAAGAAGCUGGGGCUCACUUCCACAAAUGUAGCCUUGUCAGAUGAUAUGCAAAUGAUUCACAUCAGUGUUUCAAGUUCAAACCAAGGAAAACUAUCAGAAAAGCUUUUGGUUUCUUUAAAAAAUAAAAUAAACUACUUGAAAAGAAAAAAAGUCAAGAACUAGAAAGAAGAGUAUAACAAAAAAGAAGGAGGGGUCACAGGUGAAGGAGAUGUGGUCAACACACACAAAGGAGAACAAAAAGUGGAAAAAUGCUAAUCACUGAAAGAAAACAUUUUUCAUUAGGAAGAAUUGCACAAAGUAGGUCUGAAGCAAAUUUGAUUGACAUGGAAGCUGGAAAACUCUCAAAGAGUUGCAAUAUUACAGAAUGCCAGGACCCAGACUUGCUUCACAAUUGGCCGGAUGCUUUCACCCUUCAUGGUAAUAAUGCUUCCAAAGUUAAAAAUCCAUUCUGGAGUCAACUGUCUGCUUCUAACCCAUUUUUGGAUGACAUAACUCAGCUAAGAAAUAACAGGAAGAGAAAUAAUAUUUCCAUCUUAAAGGAAGAUCCUUUUCUUUUCUUUAGAGAAAUAGAAAAUGGAAACUCUUUCGAUUCCUCUGGUGAUGAACUUGAUGUGCAUCAGUUACUUAGGCAGUCUUCCUCAAGAAAAUCUGGAAGAUCUAAAAGUGUCUCAGAACUUCUGGACAUUUUAGACGACACAGCACAUGCCCAUCAGAGUAUACAUAACUCUGACCAGAUCCUACCACACGACUUAGAAUGGCUUAAAAAUGAUCGAGAGGCUUAUAAAAUGGCUUGGUUAAGUCAACGCCAGCUGGCCCGCUCCUGCCUUGAUUUGAAUACAAUUAGUCAGAGCCCUGGAUGGGCCCAGACACAACUUGCCGAGGUCACCAUAACUUGCAAAGUAAACCAUCAAGGAGGGUCAGUACAAUUACCUGAAUCAGACAUCACUGUUCAUGUGCCCCAAGGUCAUGUGGCUGUGGGGGAAUUCCAAGAGGUGUCUCUAAGGGCUUUCCUUGAUCCGCCACACAUGCUUAACCAUGAUCUUUCAUGCACCGUGAGCCCGUUGUUGGAAAUCAUGUUAGGCAACCUCAAUACAAUGGAAGCCCUUUUGCUGGAGAUGAAAAUUGGGGCUGAAGUGAGAAAGGAUCCUUUCAGCCAAGUCAUGACAGAAAUGGUGUGUUUACACAGCUUGGGUAAAGAAGGCCCUUUUAAAGUUUUAAGCAACUGCUACAUUUAUAAAGACACCAUCCAAGUCAAGCUAAUUGAGUUGAGUCAGGUCAUGUAUCUAGUGGUUGCUGCACAAGCUAAAGCUCUUCAGUCACCAGCUGCCACCAUUUGGGAUUAUAUCCACAAAACCACCUCAGUUGGAAUUUAUGGACCCAAAUAUAUCCAUCCCAGUUUUACUGUUAUUUUAACAGUUUGUGGACACAGUUAUAUGCCAGGACAGCUUACAAUUUCUGAUAUUAAGAAGGGUGGAAGAAAAAAAAUAUCUCCAGUUGUGUUUCAGCUCUGGGGGAAGCAGUCAUUUUUACUUGACAAGCCACAAGAUUUAAGUAUUUCUGUUUUUUCCUGUGAUCCUGAUUUUGAAGUAAAGACAGAAGGAGAAAGGAAAGAAAUUAAACAAAAGCAGUUGGAAGCAGGUGAAGUAGUUCAUCAACAAUUUUUAUUUUCUUUAGUUGAGCACAGAGAGAUGCACUUGUUUGAGUUUUGUGUUCAGGUGGAGCCUCUCAAUGGUGAACUAGUUGCACAGUUCUCUAUCACUACUCCUGAUCCAAACCCAAACCUAAAAAGACUCUCGAAUCUGCCAGGCUAUUUGCAGAAGAAGGAAGAAAUCAAGUCUGCUCCUUUAUCACCAAAAAUUCUUGUUAAAUAUCCUACAUUUCAAGAUAAAACAUUGAACUUUACCAACUAUGGGGUAACCCUGAAAGCAGUGCUAAGACAAAGCAAGAUUGAUUACUUCCUUGAAUAUUUCAAAGGGGACACAAUAGCUCUCCUCGGGGAAGGUAAGGUAAAAGCUAUUGGUCAGUCCAAAGUGAAGGAAUGGUAUGUAGGACUACUCAGAGGUAAGAUUGGACUUGUACACUGCAAAAAUGUCAAGGUGAUUUCAAAGCAGCAAGUAAUGUUUAUGUCAGAUAGUGUCUUUACAACCAGAAAUCUUCUUGAACAAAUUGUCCUGCCUUUAAAAAAAUUGACUUAUAUCUACUCAGUUGUAUUAACCUUGGUGUCAGAAAAAGUUUAUGAUUGGAAAGUUUUAGCUGAUGUCCUGGGUUACUCACAUCUGUCCCUGGAAGAUUUUGAUCAAAUUCAAGCAGAUAAAGAAUCAGAAAAAGUUUCUUAUGUUAUAAAGAAGUUAAAGGAAGAUUGCCACACAGAGAGAAAUACAAGGAAGUUUCUGUAUGAACUUACUGUGGCUCUUCUGAAAAUGGAUUGCCAAGCGUUAGUCGCACGUCUCAUCCAAGAAGCUGCUAUUCUGACUUCAGCUGUCAAGCUUGGAAAAGGCUGGAGGGAACUAGCUGAAAAGUUAGUACGACUCACAAAGCAACAAAUGGAGGCAUAUGAAAUUCCUCAUCGAGGAAACACUGGAGAUGUUGCUGUUGAGAUGAUGUGGAAACCUGCCUAUGAUUUUCUGUAUACCUGGAGUGCUCACUAUGGAAAUAACUACAGAGACGUGUUACAAGACCUUCAAUCAGCCUUGGACAGAAUGAAAAACCCUGUGACUAAACACUGGAGAGAAUUAACUGGAGUUUUAAUACUAGUAAAUUCUUUGGAGGUUUUGAGAGUAACUGCAUUCUCCACUUCUGAGGAAGUGUAGAAAUAAAGGGUGUGUUUUUGAUGGGAGGGAAAAUUAGGUAAUGGUGUAUGUGUGUGUGUGUCUGUGUGUGUGUGUAUCUGUGUGUGUGUGUGUGUAUCUGUGUGUGUGUCUGUGUGUGUGUCUGUGUGUGUGUGUAAGAAAGAAAGAAUGUCAGAAAAGCAUUAUAUUAAUUUUCUUCAUCCUCAAAACCAAUUUUUUUUUUUCUGAUGAAAGCGCAGCCUAACCGAUAACCAAGAUAGGUUUUAUCCUUAAAUAUGUAUUUUUGUGUAUGUUUCAAAUACAAGUAUUAGGCUGCUUUGUUCUUAGAAAGG